CUUAAGUUCAAGUUAAUGUUAAACAAAGACGAAACAUAGGAAGGUCGCGUUUAUACUUUUUAUAAUUAUGAAUAAGCUACACAUAUUUUGGAUUUUCCUCUGUCUGAUUUCACUGAUUCAUGCACAAAGGCCAAGGAAACAUGUAAAGUUCAAGUCUGCAAAACAAUCCAAGAAUGUGAUACCUGGACAAUACAUAAUCAAGCUUAAGGAUGGUCUGAGUGACACGAGUGUUAAAAACCAGAAAGCCAAAUCAAGAGCUUUAUUCACUGAUGAUGAUGUAGAGAUGGAUACCAUGUCAGCGGCUAGUAGCUCUGGCAAAUGCAACCAGGGGAAGAAGUUCCGCAGCAAAACAAUUAAGAUAAACAAGUUUAAUGCGUACACCUUGUCGUGUAUGGACCCAAAGGAUUUGAUACAGUUGUUAGACGAUGAUAUGGUUGAUUUCAUAGAAGAGGACCAAUAUGACGAUUUUGUUUCGCGUGAUAGAAGAAAGGGAGAUCGAGAAUCCAAAGGGAAGGGUAAAGGAAGGUCUAGAAAGCCUAAACCCCGAACUACACCCAAUCCUCCAACUUUACCCGCCACUGCAACGAAUCCUGGCGAUGUUCAACAGGGCACAGGAAAUGAACUUUCACUUAAAGAACAAAUAGAGAUAAGAUGGUGCUCAACUGGUGCAACAACAACAAUUAGUACUACCUCGGCGACAACUACAACAUCGACUACAACAACAGAAGCACCGACGACGACGAUAACAACUCAAGCACCGACGACGACGACGACAACAGAAGCACCAACGACGACAACAACAACAGAAGCACCAACGACGACGACGACAACAACAGAAGCACCGACUACGACGACGACAACAGAAGCACCGACGACGACGACAACAGAAGCACCGACGACGACGACGACAACAACAGAAGCACCGACGACGACGACAAGUGAAGCACAAACUACGACGACGACGACAACAGAAGCACCGACGACGACGACAACUGAAGCACCGACGACGACGACGACAACAACAGAAGCACCGACGACGACGACAAGUGAAGCACAAACUACGACGACGACAACAACAGAAGCACCGACGACGACGACAACUGAAGCACCGACGACGACGACGACAACAACAGAAGCACCGACGACGACGACGAAGACGACGGAGACGACGACGACAACAGAAACACCGACUACGACGACGACAACAACAACAAAAGCACCUACGACUACGACGACAACAGAAGCACCAACGACGACAACAACAACAGAAGCACCAACGACGACGACGACAACAACAGAAGCACCGACGACGACGACGACAACAGAAGCACCGACGACGACGACAACAACAGAAGCACCGACGACGACGACGACAACAACAGUAGCACCGACGACGACGACAACUGAAGCACCGACGACGACGACAACAACUCAAGCACCGACGACGACGACAACAGAACCACCGACGACGACGACAACAACAGAAUCACCUACGACGACGACGACAACAGAAGCACCAACAACGACUACAACAACAGAAGCACCGACGACGACGACAACAACAGAAGCACCGACGAUGACGACAACAACAACAGAAGCACCGACGACGACGACCGGAAGCCCGGGAUCAUGUGUAGUUACUGAUGCAACAUCAAAUUGGGGUCUCGACCGUGUAGACCAGCCAGACAGGCCGCUUGACCAAAAGUAUUUGUAUGAAGAGACUGGUGCCUGUGCAGAUGUGUUUGUCAUGGACACGGGUGUCAGAUCAACUCACGUUGAUUUCAAUGGUCGAGUUAUUGCGGGUAAAGCCUUUAUUAAUGGUAGCGGGGUCACAGAUGAUUGGAACGGCCACGGAACACACGUUGCAGGUAUAAUCGCUGGUAGCGAAUAUGGAAUUGCUAAAUCAGCAAACAUUGUUCCGUGUAUGAUAUGUGAUGAGGUAGUAGGGCGAUGUCCCAAGUCAGCAUCGAUAGAUGCAUUGCAAUGGAUUACAAAUUACGUCGCAAAAUCAGGACGCAAAGGUGUUGUCAAUUAUUCUCUGGGCGGUUCAUAUUCAGAAAGCCAAAAUCUUGCAAUUGAAGCAGCUGUUUCCAAUGAUUUGGUCGUCGUUGUAGCUGCUGGGAAUGAGGGUGGACUUGCGAGUGAAUCUUCACCGGCAAGUGCUCCCAGUGCCUUAACUGUUGCCUCUUCCACAAAGGAUGACACAUUCCAUCCAAAAUCCAAUUAUGGAGGAUUAGUAGAUGUAAUCGCACCAGGCGAGUUCAUAUUGAGCGCGUCAAACGCUGGUGAUAGUGCAUCCGCUGUAAAAACGGGUACUUCACAGGCAGCGCCUCACGUUGCUGGCGUCGCAGCACUUCUGCGAUGUAUGUACCCCGAUGAGGAUGCCUAUAUUAUAAAUGAUCGACUCGUCGACGCAGCUGCAUAUGGAAGGAUUAAUCCGCCAUUUGGCACACCUGAUAAAUUAGUUCAGACACCACCAUGUACAGGGAAACCAUCGAACACCACGACAACUUUGGGACCAACUACAACAACAACUUCGGGACCAACUACAACAACAACUCUAGGUCCAAUUACAACAACUCCCACGGGACAGACAGACACUACUACAACAACGACGACGACCGCACCUCAAAGUACUACCAAAGGCACCGGUUGUCGAACGACUACUGUAGGAACCAAUCAGUGGGGUACUGAUCGCAUAAACCAGCCAGAUCUCCCAUUAGACAACACAUAUUCAUAUGCAGAUGAUGGUAGUUGUGCAGUCGUUUUCGUCUUAGACUCCGGUGUACGUGCAACACAUAGUGAAUUUGGUGGACGAGUUGUCAAUGGAACCGACUUCUCCGGUGAAGGCACUGGGGGUGAUGAUUUCAAUGGUCAUGGUUCUCACGUAGCAGGAAUAAUAGGUGGAAACACUUGGGGUGUCGCUAAAGGAACUACCAUUGUUUCACUCAGGAUAUGUAAACAGAGUACUUCAAGAUGCCCUAAAAGCGCUUCCAUUGCCGCAUUGGGAUAUGCUGUCAAUGAAGCCCAGAAAAUGGGCAAGAAAGGUGUUAUUAAUAUGUCUAUUAGUGGUGGAAAAUCCGACGGACAAAAUGAUGCAAUUAAGUCCGCCGUUGCCAACAACAUGGUCGUAGUUGUAGCAGCGGGUAAUUCGGCCGUUGAUGCAAAAUCAAGAUCUCCAGCAAGUGCCGUGGAAGCCUUAACAGUUGCUGGAUCUUCGUCAUCGGACGGUUGGUAUUCGUCGUCUAACUUUGGCCACUUGAUUGACAUAAUAGGACCUGCUAUAAACAUAGAGAGUGCGCUUAAUUUAAACGAUGAUGCAAGUGGUACUAAGACUGGUACAUCAAUGGCUGCACCUCAUGUCGCUGGAGUUGCUGCAAUCUACAGAUGUUUGUAUCCAAAUGACCAAGCCGAGGACACAAUGAAUAGAAUCAAAGCAAAUGCAUGGAAUGGAAAGAUCAAUCCACCAUCAGGAACUCCAGAUUUACUGUUAGCCGCACCGGAAUGCCCCUUUGUACAGGGUUGACACACCCAUGUGUAGCUGUUAGCAGACAUCAAUCACAAUGUCAUUUAAAUAUGAUGUAACGACUGUACUUGGGUCAAUAAAACUAAAACAAAUCCCAUUUGAGAUGUUCAAUAUUUUAUGUAUUUCAACAUUUCGAUAAUGCGACUUUCUGUCAUAGGUCCCGAUUUGUGAAAACGUGUUCUUCAGUUUAACUUCACUCUAACAGAAUAUCAACACUUACAGGACUGGACUCUGAUAUUAAGGCUCUGGUGUUUUAUCCAUCAUAGUUUAAUUUUUUUGACUGUCUAACAUCACGAUGAUAAUGGAAUCUCAAUAAUGUAUAAAUAUACAUACCAGUGGAGGAAAAUGCAUUUAAUUGAAAUUAAUCUGUUCUAUGCAUCU